UAUAAGGAAAAUAAAUGUCAUCUAAUAAUAUUAUUGUUAUAUUGUUAUAUAAGUUGGGCUCAUUAAUUUCCACAAAGUGGAUUUAAUACCACGCAUGAAACUCAAAAUUGUAUCAAAGGCAUUGUUCAACAACAAAAGUGGACAAUUUUCCACAAAUGUAAGAAAUCUGGGAAAUCACUUGAGAUCCCUUCGUGAUAAAUUCAGAGAAUUAGGUGAUGGCAAAGUGUCUCUGAGGCAACUAGAAUACAAAGGGCAUAAUAUAGCAGUAGUAAGCCUUGAAAAUCCUAAAUAUAAGAAUGCACUUAGUGGAAAAAUGAUGGUGGAGAUGGCAGAAAUUGUUGAUAUAUUAGAAAAUUGGCACGAUGGUAAAGCUAUCCUUGAAGGAGUUGGAAAUACGUUUUGUUCUGGUGCAGAUCUUACAGUUGCCAAAAGUAUACUUUCACAUGAAGAAGGUGAUAUGAUGGCAACACUAAUGCAUGAUACUGUUUUACGUUUUAAAUGUCUUCCACUAUUAUCUGUUGCAUUAUCCGAGGGGCAAUGUCUUGGAGGUGGUGCAGAACUUCUUCUGUGCUGUGAUUUCAGACUUAUGGCGAAACAUGCAGUGAUUCAGUUUGUACAAGCUAAAAUGGGCGUAACACCUGGAUGGGGUGGUGCUGCACAAUUAGUUGAACUUCUUGGAAAGCAACAGGCAUUGAAAAUCUUAACGUCAUCACAGAAAAUAUUUUCACAAGAAGCUUUAAAUAUAGGCCUGGCAGAUGGCAUAAUCUCGAUGAAAGUAAUGAUACACAGAGUCAAGCAUGUGAUUGGUUGCUACCUUACUUAAGUUCAUCUCCUGCAGUCAUUCAAGCAAUGAAGAAAUGUUUGAUGGGAAAUACGUACAUAAACAUGAUGACAGAGAUACUUAAACA